CUUCAGCUUCAUGAAAGAGGAUUAAAAUUACAACAGGCUAUUUACUGUCAGGCUUGCAAGCUGCUGGCAGAUGAUUAUGAGCAAGUACGAAGUGCUGCCGUUCAGCUCAUUUGGGUCCUCAGCCAACUGUACCCUGAAAGCAUCGUCCCAAUUCCUUCUUCUAAUGAGGAAAUUCGCCUGGUGGAUGAUGCGUUUGGAAAAAUCUGUCACAUGGUUAGUGAUGGCUCCUGGGUUGUUAGAGUGCAAGCUGCUAAAUUACUG